GCGCAAGGCAUACAGAUGUAAGUUUAAUCCAGGCAACAGUCAGAGCUGGGAAGUGAAUAUGGGGUUGCCCUUUUGCUAAUGUGCAGUAGUAUUCAGUAGAAUUAUUCAGCAGCCAGCACAACUGUCAAGGUGGAUUCAGAAGGGAAGAUGAAAACCUCCUGGAACCGUGUGUUCGUGUUUUAUUCUCUCCAUCUCUUUGUGUGGAUCUAUGCGUUUCCACUAUUAAAGCUUGGCAGCGAGAGGUGUUAUCUCUAGCACUGAGCUCAGCUUUAAAAGGAAAUUUCAAGACUCUAAAUCUGCCUGUCAGCCUCUGAUGAGCCUCUGAUUAAAUGAUAAAGCGAGGAGAGGAGGACACCCAGAUGAAUCAAGGAAAAACUUGUGGAAGAAAAUUCAUACAAGCGCUGCUUUUUUUGGACUCUGGUUUUUAAAAGAUUUAGAUUUUUCUUUUAUUCAUAUCUUUGUACUGGACUUGUAUUUUAUCUGCAGUGAUUGCACAUUUUCUCACACCGGCUGAGGCAGAGAUGCGGUAAUGUUGUGCUUGGAUUUGGACUUCCUUUGAGAGGAUUUUGUUUUCACCUGAUCAGCAGUCCUUCACUCUUUGAAUGCAUUCUGAUUUGCCCUCCCACCCUUCUGCCCCUCGUUAUUUUUUUUACUGAACAUUGUGAGCUGCUCAGUCACUUCAGCGACUAGGCAGUGAUUUCUAACAGAGGCACAGUGUGUGUGAGGUUGGAUUCGGAGUAGUUGCGUCCGACAGACUGAAUUGUCUUGUGCUUUGCAGAGGAUCUUCAGACUUCUGACCUGUUUAUUUAGGCAGAGGAGAGUUUGAAUAAAGAGUAUCUGCAAUUGGGACAGCCAGCCAAAAGCCAGAAUGCAGGUGUCAUUAGUGUGCACGGACCAUCGUGGGGGGGUGAGCCGCAACACGGAGGACCGGCUAAACCGACAGAAUGCCAACAGCCCCAACACAGGCACCCGCAGCAAGUUCAGAGCAGUGGCAAUGGUGGCCCGCAGUCUGGGACAACUCUCUGUUCAGAGUGUGCCUUCCUCCAGCGAGCAAAGCAUGAAGACUGGCAUGAAGUAUAGGAACCUUGGGAAGUCGGGCCUGCGGGUGUCCUGCCUUGGAUUAGGAACAUGGGUGACGUUCGGCGGACAGAUAACGGAUGAGAUGGCAGAGCAGCUGAUGACUCUGGCCUAUGAAAAUGGCAUCAAUCUGUUUGACACAGCGGAGGUCUACGCUGCUGGGAAGGCAGAGGUGGUGCUCGGAAACAUCAUAAAGAAGAAAGGAUGGAGACGUUCAAGUCUAGUGAUAACGACAAAGAUCUUCUGGGGCGGAAAAGCGGAGACUGAAAGAGGUUUAUCCCGAAAACACAUUAUAGAAGGUUUAAAAGCCUCUCUAGAAAGACUGCAGUUAGACUAUGUCGAUGUGGUGUUUGCGAACAGACCGGACCCUAAUACACCUAUGGAAGAAACGGUCAGAGCAAUGACCCAUGUGAUAAACCAAGGCAUGGCCAUGUACUGGGGAACAUCCCGCUGGAGCCCAAUGGAGAUAAUGGAAGCGUACUCUGUGGCGCGUCAAUUCAACCAGAUUCCUCCCAUCUGUGAGCAGGCUGAGUACCACAUGUUCCAGAGAGAGAAGGUGGAGGUGCAGCUACCUGAGCUCUUCCACAAGAUAGGUGUGGGGGCCAUGACGUGGUCACCACUUGCCUGUGGGAUCAUCUCGGGGAAAUACGACGGCAGGGUGCCUCCGUACUCUCGGGCCUCUCUGAAGGGUUACCAGUGGUUGAAGGACAAGAUCUUGAGCGAGGAGGGCCGGCGUCAGCAGGCGAAGUUGAAAGAGCUGCAGGCAAUCGCGGAGCGGCUGGGCUGCACUCUGCCCCAACUCGCCAUCGCGUGGUGCCUACGGAACGAGGGGGUGAGCUCUGUCCUUUUAGGGGCGUCCAACACCGACCAGCUGAUGGAGAACAUAGGAGCAAUACAGGUUCUUCCGAAGUUGUCGUCGUCCAUCACACACGAGGUGGACAGCAUCCUGGGGAACAAGCCGUACAGUAAAAAGGACUACCGCUCCUAACGCGCAGUGCGGCCCCGCCCGGCAGGGCUGCACCAGGGCUGCAGCCGCAGCGCCCCACCUUUGCCUGAUCCUCUGUUUGCUUGAGCUUUUACUGAGUGAGACCCUGGCGCAUGAGUCUGGCCACACCAAGGCCACCCAGGGCACCUCAUUUAGAGUCACGGGGAUAAGAUAAGAAAAAAUAGUCACCAGGAAAAGGAAGGGAUUGACAAAGAAAGACGUAAGUGGAAGAGAGGUUAGGGAUAUGCGCUCAUACUUAAAUCAGUUAUACAUUCAAUUCAGCUGAACGUAUUUUAAAACCGUAGACAAAAAUAUCUUUUUAAAAAAAAUAAGCACACGCUUGCUUGGCAGCCAGAUUUUUUUUUUUCUGCUUUUUUUUUUCUAAAACUGAAUGCAACUAAAAGGAAGAUUAAGUUCAUACUGUAUGAAUAUACGCAAACUACUCUGUUGCACAUGUACCAUAGCCAUGCAUUUGUUCCUUGGACGUUCUGUUUACAAACACGUGUGUACUGUACCGAGUCCGUCAAGGUUUCUCUGAAAAACUGUUUGUGUUGUCGACAUUAAUCGGUGUACGAGCCCUCUCGUGGGCUUUAACAAUCAGCACUUUAAUAUUGUCAGUAUAGAUGUUGGAGGGUAGUUUUAAAGGAGGGGAGAGGAUGGGUAUUACAAUAGUCUUAUCUCACAGCCAUUGCACUAUAGAAUCAUAUCUCCUGAUAAUUCCCUCUCCUCGUCCUCCCUCUGUGUCUUCACUGGCGGUACAUUUGUCCAGCCCGAUGCUCCUGCUAUCUAAGUGUGGCGGUGGCGGUCAAGAUGAGAGGAGAGGCUUCUCCUGCGUCCUGACCAGUGAACCGUCCGUGAUGACGAGCCGAUGUGUCAGGGUAACUGGUCUCCCACUGAAGAGUCGAGUCUAUUUACUCCUCCUUAAUGGUAGGAGCUGCAGUCGUGUUAAAAUCCAAUGCAGAGUUCACUGUGUUACCCAACCUCUGUUUUCAGGCUGAGGAUUUACUGUACAGGAAGUGGUUUAUAUCAGUGCUGGAUCCACAUCUCAUGGAAACUUCUCCUUGAUCAAAUUGUGUUCAAGUAUUUUUGCCUUAUUUACAGUU